CCUGCUUUUCUUGUUUUGAACGAUGAAUCAUUGAAUUCAGUCAGGUUGAUCCUCAAACCAUUCAAGUAUCAUUUAUGCCCUCAGUUGAAACCUUAAAACCUGACUUGACUCUUACCUUUUUCAAAUGUCUUGAAAGUUGUGUUUGAAAACAAAUUAUGUAACCCACUCCUAGGCCAAUUUAUUUUUGAACCGAUGUGACACGUGACCUAACGGAAUUAUUAAGACAGACUUCGCGGAUUACAAAGAGGAGAUUGACGGAGGUGUUUGCUAGAGUAACUUUGAGCUUGCGUAGCAAGAGUUUCCACGGGGCUUACUGAGGAACGGGAUAUUAUAAUUGGGUGUUUGCCUGCACGGGAAAUUGGGCGAGAGACAAAAAGCGAAAGAAUUAAGGGGUUCUUUGCUUCCGAACCCUACAGAAACGCUUGCUACGCAGGCUAGAGUAUUUUGUUACAUUUUGAUCUUUUCAUAGAGAAAUUUGUCAUCUUAAUUCAGUCCAAGUUUGAGUUACUUAUGCCCUCUUCUUGGGAUUUUGCGGAAAAUUUUCACCAUUUUGAGGUAGCCCGAUCUGUGAAUGGUUCGAAGCGAAGUAACUUUGCCAAAUUGCUCUGAAACGCGGAUGAAACUACAACUGAAACGCAAUAAUGGAACUUUCAGUUUCGAUCCUCAAUUGUUCCUUAUAUAUAAAACACGUCCACUGCUAACUCACACGGCACGCCGGUACUACUGAUCGCUGAUAACAGCCAUGUCGAUGGUACUUCUCAUCCUAGCUAGCUCGAUGUUCGUCUUCUCUCUUAGCAUCCCUGGCCAGUCAGCCAGUAUCCCUCAAUCUUGUUUUAGUCAAUCAGUGAAGGUUAGUUCUAUCCCAGAGACUCAUCUUUACCACAAGAAAACCAAGCCCCUGGUGAUUGGACAUCACGGCAAUCCCUCCAAAUUUCAGGAAAACACCGUGGAUGGUUUCAAAAGCCUCGUCGAGCUCAAAGCCGAUGGAAUGGAGUUUGAUACCUUCCUUACAAAGGACAAGAAGCUCGUUGUUAUUCACUACGACAACACAGUGCACCUGACGAACAAGGAUCACAACAUUUGGGAAACUACGUAUGAAGAAUUACUAAAGCUUGAUCUUCCUACUUCGAUAAAAUACGGAGAGAAACCUUACAACUUCACCAAAACACGAAAAAUACCACUGCUGUCUGAAGUCAUCGAUGCAACGAAAGACGAUGAACUGGUGAUGUAUUUAAAUAUCAAGCCAGGAUAUUUGCGGAACCGAACCGAGAGUGAAAUGGUUGGUGAAGAAGUAGCAAAGCUUGUCACCGCACUAGGAGUCGUCGAUAAAGUGCUCUUGUCGUCGUUCGACCCAUUUAAGAUUUGGGCUGCAAAAAAGGUGAAUCCAUCCCUCGUUGUUGGCACAUUUUACAAGAGACAAAUGUGGGAUGAUCUGGCUACAAUCAAUGUCACGAAAAGCGAGCUUGGUGACCUACCGAAUAUGCAACAGUGCGUUAAAGAUGCACCAGCUGGCAGAGAAUUCAUGAACGUUCUCUUUCGAAGUGGCGCUUUGUUGAAAUCUACCAACGGAUCGUUUGUCGUAAUGGAUUACAACAUUUUCAACAACAAGAAGUAUUCGAACGAGACUUUCCAAACUUUUAAAGAUCACUACAGGAAAGACCUCAGUUUUGGCGCGUUUAUCAUCGACAAUUUGGCCCUGAGUGACGCACAGAGGGCGGCAGAUGAGAAAUUCCUGGAUCUGCUGAUUGCAAAUGAUGUUUCUUGCCUGGUCACGGAUGAUGUCCCACGCCUACUAAACAAGCUUGGACGGCGCCCCUCAAAAGGAUUUGCCAACAAAAAUUUGCCGACACUGUUGGUCCUGUAUGCCAUUGUUCCAUUUUUUGGGCUUUUGUUCUAAUUCUAACUGUUUACUGAUGUUUAUUCCCCUUGCUUGCAAUUAUGCUUGUUCUUGCCUCAUUGUGCCGUGCCAAUGCUGAUCAAUGCUGAUGUUGUGUGAACUAAGCAAGGUCUAUGAGCCCUAGGCCGGGACAUUGUUCGUGACAUUAUUAGUAUCAGUCCGUAAGUCAGUCUAGUCUUAGGGGUGGAGUGCAUUUAACCCUUAAAUGCACAAGGAUAUUUUUUUCUCGGGACGUGUAUGCGUGAUAUCGAUAUGUUUUCUCCAUAUAACAUGCUUUUUCUUCGGCUCACUGAACGUGCGUGAAUUUUAUCCGGCAGUGGUCGUGUGCAUGAGGGUUUUUUUUCGGUGCAAGUAUGCUUGCAAAACAUCAAGUCACCCCACCUCCAGCGAAAGUCAAAUGGUUUA